GGAUAAGAUCAUUUUUGUGUAUUUCAUAAAGUUAUCAUAAAAACUUCAGAUAACUAGAACGGAAGUGUAUUGCUGUGUCAUUCUUUCUAUUAAACAAUCAUGGUUAGCUGACUAUAGUUUGGUGUAACCUUACCAUACACGAUGGAAUCUGAUGUGACCAAGAACCAGUUAACUUCCAAUUUGUCAAACAACCCUGUACCUGUGAGUCUACAUCCAGUGUCAGGUCAAGGACCUGUCCUGGACAAUCAUGCCUGGAAACCCAUGGACACACAGGAUUCUCAAGACACCAUUAACCAAGUUCAGGAAAUGCUUGAACAGAUCAGCUCACGAGGGGUACAGUCUAUGCUGGUUACUGUUGGUCCUUUUGGAGAAAUUGGUAUCCAUGGAUCACAGAAGGGUCAGCUCUUUCUGAAGGAGAACUCCGACAUUGGAGACAGAUUUGCAAAGAUGUGUACAGAUAUUAUUGACAUAGCCGGUACACAGAGGCUAGAAGACGUUGAUGUUGGAAACGAUGACGAUAGUAACGACUACCUUCCUGAAUAUGAUGAAGACACUGACACCGAUGAUUCGUUGCUCACCAAAUGCGCAGUAGAUACAGAAGAACCACCUACGCCUGUGGUUUUAGAAAAGUCAAAGUCUGCAACUGGAAGCAGUACAGACAACACAAUGACAACGAGAUCUAAGAAAAAUUUUGAAAAGGUUUCUGAAAACAAGAAGAAGAAAGAGGUAGUAACUGUUAAGAAAUCAGAAAGGUCGGAAUCGCAGACAGAUAGGUAUCAAAUAAAAGUAAAUGUUAAGUCAGGCAGCACUGAAGUAAAAAGAGUAACAAAAAAGGAAGUAGAAUCGCCUUUGAAAAAAACUAGGAACUCUGGAGUUUCUGGUGGAAUAGAUACAGAUGAAGUCUAUGAGGAUACGUUUGAGAAAGGAAACAAAAAAGUUAAUAAUGGGAAGAAAAACAUUCCAGUUCAGACUGUAUCGAGAACAUUUAACUGCAGGAGAUGUAAUGAACCAUUUCCAACAACAGCUGCACAUAACAAGCACCUGCGCUCAAAGGUGUGUUAUAUCAAAAACCAUUAUGAUGAACCAAUAGAAAAUAUCCUUUGUCAGCAGUGCAGUCUUAAAUUUCCUCGGCAAGAUUACCUGGAGGUUCACAGAGCUGUGCACGAGGAAACAGUACCGCGGAACUUCAAUGUCAAGUUCAGUGACCUCUGCGCAUUAAUAUGUGACAUUGAAAAAAAUGAAAACCAAACAAAUUUAAAAUGUAAAAGUUGCGGCCAGACAUUUACAGAGAAGAGAUUACUAUUACAUCAUCUAAUUAUUAUCCAUGGUUUGACAUACGAAUGUCAGCUAUGUGCGGAAAUGUGCGAAACAAGACAUAAAUGUUGGUCUCAUCAGCGUGCGCAUGAAAACCAGACCAUUAAAACAAUGGACGAGUCUGUUUACCAAUGCAAAAUUUGCCUCAAAACUUUUAUGACAAAACCAGACUUGGAUAGGCAUGACCUGAGUUUUCAUCCAGGAAGCUCGGUUGUUUCGUUUCCGUGUGAUCAGUGUAAAAAGAUCUUUUCAAGUUCAGAUUUUCUAACAAAGCACAAAGAAAGCACACAUGCUAAGAAAUUUGCUUGUGCGCACGAGGAUUGUAAUAAAGCAUUUCCUACUGAAGAUAAAUUGGAGCAACACAUGCUUGUCCACGGAGAAAGAAGUUUCAUGUGUAGUAUUUGUGGAAAGAUUUGUACCAGCAAAGGGAAUUUCCAUAUACAUAUGAGCGUGCAUAACAGUGAACGUAACUUUGAAUGUGAUGUUUGUAAAAAGACGUUUAAAACAAAGGACGUAUUAAAUAAACACAAGAGAAUCCAUGGAAAUACUCGUCAGUACUGUUGUGAAAUAUGCGGGUGGGGUUUUAAUCAGUCGGGUAGCUUGCGUAAACACAUGGACAGUCAUCUCAAUAUAAAACGACACCAGUGUGAUAUAUGUCUAAAGAAAUUUUCUAAUAAGGCUUCGUUAACUAACCACAAAUUGCAAAGUAACCAUUUUGUUGCUGGAGACAAUAAGGACACGGAAAAUGUAAUGAAAGCAAAGAAGUGUGAGUACUGCGACAAACUUUUUCCUCCUAAUUCAUUGUAUAUGUACAAACGGCACGUGAUUAUUCACACGGGUGUUAAGCCGUACACGUGCGAUUAUUGUGGAAAAUCUUUUAGUGAUAGAAGCAAUUUAAAAUACCACAGGCUUAUACAUUUGGAAAACAAACCAUUCUCAUGCAAAAUGUGCGGGCGUGGCUUUGUGCAAAAACGAGGAUUGAGAAAGCACUUAGAGAGUUCCAACUCGUGUACAAUAUCAAAUAAUAGAGGGGCUGUGAAACAGGUACACAUCGAAGAAACAGAGAUGGAAGAACCAAUGUCCGCUUUCCAUACACCACAAACAGCCUCUCCAAAUUCCAUUGCUUCCGAAAUGGUUGCUGUGCCAGCACCUUGUGAACAAAGCCUGCAAGGACAAGUUGCUAUGCAUUUCCAAGAAGGUUACACAGGUGACGCAAUACAGACGGCAAUGGCUAUAGCUGGUGCUGGUGAACAGGACACAGAAAUUCCUAGGAAUGUAAUGGAUCUGUCAAGCAACUCUGGUACCGUGGAUGCUGCAUGGAUGUAUGUUAAACAAUGGAAGUAAACUUGCUUGUUACGACAGGUUUAAUAGUUCAAACAGUUUUGUCACAUGAUGCUGAUGUUAAUCUAAGCUUUAAGUGCUAUGAAUUACAUUUUUCUAAUUCAAUUUUGUAUGAAGUGUAUUUACCUAGUAACUUUGUAUAAGUGCACCCUUUCUAAUGGGUGGAAAUUAUGAAUUAAUUUUUGAGGAUUUUCUGUUAUUUUUGCACAUGGUGUUUUGUUGAUACAGUACCUGUUGUAAGUACCUGCUGUAUUAGGUGUCUGGGUUGUUUUCAAGCAAAUAGUUAGAUAAGAUGAAUGUUACAAUAAAUUGGACAUGUUACUUAACAUGUAUGAAACUAAAAUUGUGCAACAAGUUACCUAAAAUUAUGUAACGUUGGCAGAUUCGUUAAAGAAAUUUGAUUUUUAAUUUUUGUUGUAUUGGAAGAAAUUGUCGUUUUGUCUGAAGUAAAUGUUAAUGUUACUGACACAUCGGUCAGUUUUGCAAAAAUAUAGCUGUUCUGAAGAGUUGGAAUGCCAAUAGUAAAGAUUGGGUGAAUAAAUCACAAACGUAUCUAUGUCAAUGCCGUUUUAGUACAUGUACGAGUCUUGCAGUCAAUAACCUCAAAACCCUUUAGUGGAUGGUUUAUUUUCUUUGACAAUAAUUUCUUCAAUAUAUGUCUUUGAUGAUAUAUUUUCAUUAGCACUGCAGUAUGUAACAGUAUGUAAGCAAAAAUAAUACUUCAUGUAGCACUUGUACACAUAGAUUAUAUGGGAGAUUAUAAUAACCGGUUAUACAAUUGUCUUUUCUUGAUAGACGGUCUUAAAAAUGAAUGAAUGCACCAUGCUCUUGAAUGUGAAAUAAGAAUUAGAUAAGACGAAAUGUAACGGCAUAAUUAUUGGGAUAGUGGUAAAAAUGAAUGCCAAUUUUAAGUACGAGUGAAAAUUAUAUAUACUAGUAGUGCAUAAUAAAUAAAUAGUUAUUGGUAAAAAUUCAUUUUAAGGUUACUACUAUUACUAGUAAAUUUAGUUUGAAUUUUUAAAAGAUUUUCUAUUUUUUAGUUCAUUUAACCCCUCAGAUACAAAGUAUAUGACGCUAUUUUGGACUUAACUGUUGGGAAGACAUUCAUAAAAAUACAGGCCUGGGAUUUUUCUAGACUGGUCCUGAUUUCAGGCUUUAGACUGUCAGAACUUCCUUAUAUAACUCUAUUGAAAAAGGAGAUUUCAGACCUGAGAAUGCAAAUUUUCAGGCUUUUGGUACUUUACUGAAUCCCAGGCCUGGUAUUAAUAUCAACAAGACGACGUGCAGAACGCACAAGCCAUGUCGCUAGGUCCAAGAUGAAGGUCACAUUUGGAAGUCAAAUAGCUUACAUAUGUGUCUGCUCCGUAUAUUCUUAACUGUUAGGAAGAUUUCCAAGUAUCUACCUAAUAAAGACGACGUGAAGUCACUAGGUUCAAGAUCAAACUCAUGGAAGUUAAAAGGUCAAAUAGCUCCAUACUGUCUAAACCUUGUGGAAGAUUUCCAUAUAAUAACCAUCAAAUAUCGAAUCCAUCAAGAAGACACGCAAAAACCUAGGUCAUUAGGUCUAAGGUCAAUGUCACUGAGGUCGAAGAUCAAAUAGUUCAGAACCACUCCACAUCUUAACCACUUGAAGAAUUUCAUAAAACUGGUAUCAGUCGUUAACUUCAUCAAGACGACUUGCAUAGUCCAGGUCAUAAGGUUUGAGAGGUCACAAAUGAUAGUCUUUAGUGAUAGCUUUUCUAUUGUUUUAAUCUAUUUUGUUUAAAAUUACGAGUCACUGGUCUGUGGGAAUUGCAAAAGAUUAUUGAUUUCUGAACACUUAUAUUUAACAAUAUUAUGUUCUCAUCUUUGAAAAAGUUUAUGUUUUCGUAUUUUCAUAUUGUUUCGAUAUUGGUUUUACGGUCUUUCUUUUUUUUAAGUCUUGAUGUUAUUAAGUUUAUCCGGAGAUUAUAGUCUUAUGAUUUUUCGAAGUGAAAGUGGUGAUGCGUGCUAUUUUACUAGAUUUAAAUCAACGAAAGACAUAACUGUUAAACUAACCAAGAUUGUUUUACUGGAUUGGUUGAAGGCGGCCAAUCCAUAUCCUCCCGGUUGGGUGAUACGUAACAUAUAACAGUGUUUAACUGAAAAAUAGAUAUGUUGGUCUAUAAUAAUAUGAAUUGUUUGUUGCAGGGUGCAUCGGAAUGUCCGAGUAAAGAAUUAAAAUGCAUAAAGAUAUUCAAAUGCUUUGUUGAUGAUUCAAAAUGAGGAAUGAAAAUAUUAGGGAAAGAGGUUAUUGUUUCUUUUUUCAUUAAUUUCGUAUUAUAUCGCUGUUAUUUCAGAUGUACUUCAAGGUUAUUACUACUUCAUGGAUUAAAAUAAAUUUAUAGGAACCCAAAACAGUCGAACAUUUCUUGUAUUUAUCCUUCUUUUUCCAGACUGGCUUUGUUAUGUAUUAUGUAUAAUUUGUUGUAUCCGUUUUUUAGCUCACCUGUCACAAAGUGACAAUGAGAGCUUUUGUGAUCGCGCGGCGUCCGUCGUCCGUCCGUUCGUGCGUCCGUGCGUCCAUCCGUCCGUCCGUAAACUUUUGCUUGUGGCCACUCUAGAGGUCACAUUUUAUGUGUGAUCUUUAUGAAAUUUGGUCAAAAUGUUCAUCUUGAUGAUAUCUAGGUCAAGUUCGAAACUGGGUCACGUGCCGUCAAAAACUAGGUCAGUAGGUCUAAAAAUAGAAAAACCUUGUGACCUCUCUACAGGCAAUGUAUUUCACAAGAUCUUCAUGAAAAUUGGUCAGAAUGUUCACCUUGAUGAUAUCUAGGUCAAGUUCGAAACUGGGUCACGUGCCAUCAAAAACUUGAUCAGUAGGUCUAAAAAUAGAAAAACCUUGUGACCUCUCUAGAGGCCAUAUAUUUCAAAAGAUCUUCAUGAAAAUUGGUCAGAACGUUCAGCUUGAUGAUGUCUAGGUCAAGUUCGAAACUGGGUCACGUACCGUCAAAAACUAGGUCAGUAGGUCAAAUAACAGAAAAACCUUGUUACCUCUCUAAAGGCCAUAUUUUUCAUGGAAUCUGUAUGAAAGUUGGUCUGAAUGUUCAUCUUGAUGAAAUCUAGGUCAAGUUCGAAACUGGGUCACGUGCUGCCAAAAACUAGGUCCGUAGGUCUAAAAAUAGAAAAACCUUGUGACCUCUCUAGAGGCCAUAUAUUUCAUGAGAUCUUCAUGAAAAUUGGUCAGAAUGUUCACCUUGAUGAUAUCUAGGUCAGGUUCGAAAUUGGGUCACGUGCCUUCAAAAACUAGGUCAGUAGGUCAAAUAAUAGAAAAACCUUGUGACCUGUCUAGAGGCCAUAUUUUUCAUGGGAUCUGUAUGAAAGUUGGUCUGAAUGUUCAUCUUGAUGAUAUCUAGGUCAAGAUCGAAAAUGGGUCACGUGCCGUCAAAAACUAGGUCAGUAGGUCAAAUAAUAGAAAAACCUUGUUACCUCUCUAAAGGCCAUAUUUUUCAUGGGAUCUGUAUGAAAUUUGGUAUGAAUGUUCAUCUUGAUGACAUCUAGGUCAGGUUUGAAACAGGGCCAUGUGCGGUCAAAAACUAGGUCAGUAGGUCUAAAAAUAGAAAAACCUUGUGACCUCUCUAAAGGCCAUACUUGUGAAUGCAUCUCCAUAAAAAUUGGUCAGAAUGUUCAUCUUGAUGAUACCUAGGUCAAGUUCGAAAGUGGGUCACGUGCCAUCAAAAGGUAGGUCAGUAGGUCAAAUAAUGAAAAAACGUUGUGACCUCUCUGGAGGCCAUAUUUUUCAUGGGAUCUGUAUGAAAGUUGGUCUGAAUGUUUAUCUUGAUGACAUAUAGAUCAAGUUUGAAACUGGGUCAACUGCGAUCAAAAACUAGGUCAGUAGGUCUUGAAAUAGAAAAACCUUGUGACCUCUCUAGAGGCCAUACCCUUGAAUGGAUCUUCAUGAAAAUUGGUCAGAAUGUUCACCUUGAUGAUAUCUAGGUCAGGUUUGAAACUGGGUCACGUGCCUUAAAAAACUAGGUCAGUAGGUCAAAUAAUAUAAAAACCUUGUGACCUCUCUAAAGGCCAUACUUUUCAUGGGAUCUGUAUGAAAGUUGGUCUGAAUGUUCAUCUUGAUGAUAUCUAGGUCAGGUUUGAAACUGGGUCAACUGCGGUCAAAAACUAGGUCAGUAGGUCUAAAAUUAUUUAAAUCUUGUGACCUCUCUAGAGGCCAUAUUUUUCAAUGGAUCUUCAUGAAAAUUGACCUGAAUGUUCACCUUGAUGAUAUCUAAAUCAGUUUUGAAACUGGGUCACGUACGGUCAAAAACUAGGCCAGUAGGUAUAAAAAUAGAAAAACCUUGUGACCUCUCUAGAGGCCAUAUUUUUCAUGAGAUCUUCAUGAAAAUUAGUGAGAAUGUUCCCCUUGAUGAUAUCUAGGUAAAGUUCAAAACAGGGUCACGUACCUUCGAAAACUAGGUCAAUAGGUCAGAUAAUAGAAAAACCUUGUGACCUCUCCAGAGACCAUAUUUUUCAAUGGAUCUUCAUGAAAAUUGGUCAGAAUUGUUAUCUUGAUAAUAUCUAGGUCAAGUUCAAAACUGGGUCACAUGAGCUCAAAAACUAGGUCACUAUGUCAUAUAAUAGAAAAAACGACGUCAUACUCAAAACUGGGUCAUGUGGGAAGAGGUGAGCGAUUCAGGACCAUCAUGGUCCUCUUGUUGUUUUGUUUUGUUGGGUUUAACGUCGCACCGAUACAAUUUUAGGUCAUUUGGUGACUUUCCAGCUUUAAUGAUGGAGGAAGACCCCAGGUGUCCCACCAUGCAUUAUUUCAUCACGUGUGGGCACCAGGGUAGAACAACCGACUUUGUUGUAACUGUAGACAAGUGAUCAAGGUCGCUGAUUUCGAAUUAUUUGCCCACACAGGUGUUUGUUUGAAACCUCGCUUGGGGUGAAGAUUUGUUUUCAUGUAAGGAAGCCAUCCAAGUUUCUUAUACAGAGGCCCACCCGUGCCUGAACCGAGGACCCGCUAGGCAGCUGGAAUCCUCCUUCACCAUCAAAUACUGGUGACGCCAUAUAACCUAAAAUUGUGUCGUUGUGACUAAAAACUAUACACUUAUCAGAAUAAGAUUUUUUGCCCAGGGUCUUCUGUUACUGUGACAAAUUGAUUGGGUUGCCUUAAUGUUUAUUACUCACAGUAAUACAGGUCCACUCCAUGCAGCAUCGUCAUUUCGUUUAUAGAUUAGUGUGUCAAAGAAGAGUUUCUACUUAUUAACAAAAUGCUGUCAGUGGCCAUCAUGCAAUCCUAUAAAUGUCACUUCUCAAUGUCAAAUAAACACUUACCAACCCUUAAAUAAGACGUAACUAACGAGUCCUUGUCACCUCACAAAGUUCAUGACGUGUUGUUGUUUAGGUUUUCGUAGGGCCUGCAGUCAAAUACAUUUUAUUUAUCUUUGUUUGACCCAGUUUAGUGAAAGAAUUAAUAUAUAUCUAGACAGACGAGUAUUAUACCUUAUUUAUACAGCAGUAUAAUAAUGCCUAACAAUGUAAUAUGCAAACAAUAAAAAUACAAAUCUAAAACAACUGCUAUAUUAAUUAUAUAAAAUAAAAAAAUAACGAGACAUUUUUCAUUUUGCUUGUCUUUAAUAUCUGUUUAUCA